CGUAUUUUCUUGUAUAUUAAAUCUGGUGUAUUAUUUUCAGCCCGUAGCAACCCAUUUUUGUAAUAACUUAAAAAGAUAAGGCUCAAUUUCGUCCUCAUUACUAAGAAACUUGGGUACCUAAUGGCUGCAAAUAAUACAGCAGAUGUAUUACAUAAUAUACAGAACAUGCGACCUCCCUUUGUCUCGAAAGACUAACGUGGUGUCGCCCCCUCCCUCUUUCAGGAACCUCCUCGAACACUGGACCCCUAUGUUACGUCCCUUCCGAUAGACAAUGGCCUGACUUACAGCAUCCUGUCUUCCUUAAGCUUUGUGGUCUCCCAUCCAAGUCAGACAUGGCAGAGGAAGGAAAUAGGUGUCCCACUGCUGUUCCUCUCAACUUCUCUAAUAGGUCUCCUAUUGGAGUUUCAUUGGACAUGGCUGCAGGCAUGUUUGAAGAGAAGUCGACAGGAACCAAAAGCAGUUUGGACGAUGAUUCAGAAGGUCAUACUGGAGAGAAACCUUACAUGCAUGGCGAGUGUGGGGACAGACCAGCACAGAAGUCACACAUAUCCCAACAUGUACGAACUCAUGCCGGUGAGAAACCCUACAAGUGUGGAGAGUGCAAGUACAAGACAGCUCGCAGGGCUAACCUAUCCAAACAUAUGAGAACACAUACAGGUGAAAAACCCUACAAGUGUGACCUGUGUGACUAUUCUGCUGCUGACAAAACCGCUUUGAACCUACAUGUAGCCAAACACACUGGUAAAAAACCCUACAUGUGUGGCGAGUGCGGGUACAGGACAGCUAACAAGUCUCACUUAUCCCAACAUGUAAGAACUCAUACAGGUGAGAAGCCGUACAAGUGUGACCACUGUGACUAUUCUGCUGCCCAAAAAAAUCAUUUGGAUGAACAUGUAACUGUACACACCGGUGAGAAACCCUUCAUGUGUGGAGAGUGUGGGCACAGGACAACUAACAGGGGUAAUCUUUCCAGACAUAUGAGAACUCAUACAGGUGAAAAACCCUACAAGUGUGACAAGUGUGACUAUUUUGCUGCUCAGAAAGUCAGUUUAGACGAACAUAUAGCCAGACACACAGGUGAAAAACCCUACAUGUGUGGCAAGUGUGAGUACAGGACAGCUUGCAAAUCUGACUUAACCAAACAUUUAAGAACUCAUACAGGAGAAAAACCUUAUAAAUGUGACCAGUGUGACUCAUCUUUUGCCGUGAAAUCCCAUUUGAACCGACAUCUAACAAAACAUUCUGGUGAAAAACCUUACAUGUGUGGCGAGUGUGGGUACAGGACAGCUUGCAAAUCUGACUUAACCAAACAUUUAAGAACCCAUACAGGAGAAAAACCUUAUAAAUGUGACCAGUGUGACUCAUCUUUUGCCGUGAAAUCCCAUUUGAACCGACAUCUAGCAAAGCAUUCUGGUGAAAAACCCUACAUGUGUGGCAUGUGCGGGUACAGGACAGCACGGAAGUCUUACUUAUCCCAACAUGCAAGAACCCAUACACAUGAGAAGAGCCAACAAGUGUGACCACUGUGACUAUUCUGCUGCCCAUAAAUCUCGUUUGGAUAAACAUGUAGCCAAACACACCCAACAUGUGUGAGAGAGCUCAUACAGGUGAAGAUCUCUACAGGUGUAACCCAUGUGACUCAGAAAUCCACUUUGGGCCAACAUGUAGCAAAACACUGAUGAGAAGCUCUACAUGUGAGGAAAAUACAGGUACAGGACAGCUGAAAGGUCUACCUUGUUUUUGCUAAUGGGAACUCGUACAGAUGGAAACCUUACGAGUAUGACCUAUGUGACUAUUUUGUUGCAUGACUGUACGGAAAUCAACUUUGGACAGCCACAUAGCCAAACACCUUAGACUUUAGUUCCUCCCGCAACACUGUUGCAUUGGUCGACUCGACUAGCCAAACACACUGGUUAGAAAAUCUAUGUGUGUGAGGAGUGCAGAGCAGCUAAAAGUUUUACCUUACCUGUACAUAUGAAAACUCACACAGGUCGAAAUCUUAGGCUUAAGCUUAGGUCACAUUUCCAAACCGGCUUUCGUGAGCAAAAAAAAUGGUAUGAAGGACGUCAAAGCACACAAAAUAUCAAAAUAAGAUUCCUGAACAUGAUUUUUGUAUAUUUCUAGGUAUACAUUUAAUUUUUUUGUUUCUUAAAAUAUCCUGGCUGGCCCAUAGUUUGGAAAUGUGACCUUAGCCUUACAAGUGUGACCAGGAAAUCUACGUUGGACAGCCAUGUAGCCAAACACACCGGUAAUAUAGAAACCUACAUGCGUGUGUGGGGAGUGAGGUUAAAAAUCAGUCUUACCUUACCUUUGGAGAAGCCAUACUUGUACAAGAAAAGCUACUUGUGUAAAUAGUGUCCUUGUCAGCAGUUUGAAUUGCAAAUUGCAACAUUCCCACUUGGAGGGGCAUUACCCUACCACAUCACUACAAAAAAUGUGUUUUCUUAUUUCUCUUGUUUCUUAUACACACUUAUAAAAGAUUCUCAAAACAAGAAAACUUUUCUUUGAAAAUCAUCUUGUGCACGAAGACAAAAAAAACAUGUUUUUUCCUAUUUAAUCCUAAGUAAGUAUCUUUCUUACAUCAUUUUUCUAAAGUAAGAGUGUUCUUCUAAAUUCUGUUUUUUCUCAAACAUGAUAAGAAAAUAAUCUUUCUGAAUAUAAGAUCAAAUAAUAAAUGGUAUAAGUAGUGUUAUGCACAGAAAAGACAUAGCAAUUUAGAGUAGAGAUGAAAAAAAAACAUAAUAGUGCAAAGUCAUGCAACUCUAAUUGGUCAAUUUGCUAACUGCCAUGCUAUCAUUAGUUGAACUACUAAUUAUGAUGGACAGUCUUUUGUUUGUCACAUUGGCCUUGUUGUUAAUCCAU